AUGGCCGAGUCCCCAGAGAUGCAGAAACCGCUCUCCUGGACCUCCCCGGGCUUCACCCUCGAUGAUUUCGACCUUGUGCACAUACCAGGCGGCCACGACAAGGAGGUCAGACAGCUCCUGGACUCGGCCACCGCCCAGAAGCUUCUCGCCGACUACUUCCCCAAGACCAAAAAGCCCGGUCGGAAAGUCGUUUCCGCCAUCUGCCACGGCCCUCUGCUGCUCUGCAACGCCAAGGGCGAGGACGGAAACAGCGUCCUGUACCACUGCACGACGACGGCGCUCCCCGGGUUCUUUGAAGCAUCGGCCUAUCAUGGUACCAAGUUGUUUUUAGGUGACUACUACAAGACGUACGGCGCCGGCUCGGAGAAUGUUGAGAGUUUGAUGCGCAAAGCGGUUAAGGAUCCUAGCCAGUUCAAGAGCAGCUGGAUGCCCAACAAACCCUUCGUUGUAGAGGACACCGAGUACAACUACGUCAGCGCUCGAUUCCCUCCAGACGCGGAAAAGAUGGCUGAGAUGACUGUCAACCUGGUCCACCUGGUCCAGGGUUUCAAGGAUGGCGAGUCAGUGAGCGUAUAG